GGGCAUGCCAAAAGUCUGAGAGGAGGCUUGUUGGAAACUACCCCUCACUGAGCCGUUCUUAUGGCAACCGAGCCGGAGCGAUAAACACUCUCCCGCGCGAGCGGACAGGGGCAGGAAGCGGAGAGCGGACUCACCGGGCGCCUCACCUGUAGCCACAGCUGAGAAGACUCACCUGGGGUGCCUGGCGCCCUUGGGAGCCGCUGCUAUAACCACGCCAUGGGGUGCUCGAGCAGCGCUCAGACCAAAGUCAAGGAGUUCGGCCGACAAACUCCCAAACUCCCGGAGACCAACGGAUUGUCCCAGUGCGAUGACAGCUUGCCUAUCACAGAUAAAAAUGACACAGAAUCUGACCAGACUAAACUUGAACCCCUAGAGGAGGAGAAGCUUGGAUCUUCUUGGAAAAAAACAGAUGAUAAUCUCUAUAAAGAGGAGCCUGAUGCUUUGAUUCAGGAAAUAACAAAAUGUGACCUUUCUACCUGUCACAGAGUAGAUCCUGAGGGUACAGAGCCUCAGCUAACAGCACCAGAAGAAAAGUUUGAUACAAGUCAGUGCUUAUCUUUAGACUUCCUUGAAGCUGCUGGGUCUCAGGCUGUGAAGUCAACAGAGUUGGCUAGCAAUCCUCAAGUUGCCACCGAAGCUGCUGGUUCUUCACAUUUAGAAUCUCUCCAGGAUAAGAAGCCUGAACCUACUGAAACCUCAGAAGGGGACACACCUGAGCCUUCAACAGAGGAAAUCCGGUGUUUUGUAACAGAAAUUGUGACAGAACUGCUUGUGGAUGAAGAGGAACAACUAACAGAGGUUACUGUCCCAGGUGAGGCAGGAGAAAAGGUGGAAACUGAGAUGCACCAUGAGGUAAUACCUGGGGCCUCGGAAACAAAAGAAGAAACCAGAGAAGCUCCACUGGUCACGGAGAUAAAACAAGCUAAUGAAGAAUGACCCAGGGUUUCUGGCUGGACUUCACGGCUAAACUUUAUGGCUUCUGGCUGGACCUUAUCCUUGUUCGCUCAGUUAAAAUGUAUAUUCCUGUUUGACAAAAAUCUAGUUGUUAUAAAAGCUUGUAUAAACUUAUCACAACUACUGAAUACUAAGUGAAAACCAUUUUAAGAAAUUUUAAUGGAAAAAUCAAGUUGCCAAGGCACCACUGAGGAACUGCAUUGUUAAACCAUCACACCUGCCAGAAAGUGCCUCCUGCUAUUGUUUCAAUGGAACUACAAAUUGCAGAACACUCUUACUUGCUUUAGGUAGAAAAUAAAUAUGAAGGAUAAUAUAGCACAAAUAAUAUAAACUGUAAAUGUGAUUAUAGAUAAACUUAGAUCUAAGAAUGUAUAUGGUCUAAACUAGGGUGAAAAUAACUAAAUUCCAGUGGAGUUUUUGCAGCCAUGGAUUAUUUAAUUGCAUUAAAUUUCUUAGGUGAAGUUUCUUGUAAACAUGUAAGAAUUGUAAUUCUUAUCUGGAAAGGGACAGGAUGAGCUUUAUAGCAUCGAUCUUAUUUCUUUAAUAUGGUAUACGACAGAAAAUACAAAUUUCAUUUCCUGAAAAUAGUGAUUGUGGUCCUCAAAAUACUUAGAUGAGCACUAGUAUGAAUUGUUGACAUUUAAAAAUUAGAGAUAGCCUGCUAAAAAAACAAUUAUAUUGCAAAUGUCAGGUUAAAAAUGACAUGAUUGAUUACAGUAUUCUUUAAACUAUGCAACCAAUAAAGUGAGCAGAGCUGUGCUUCACUCAUUUUCAGAAACACAUUUGUUCUUUGCUGCUAUUUGUGCGAUAUGGCUGGUCUCAUGCCUUCUCAAAUGUCUCUAAAAUGUAACCUUAAACUUUGAAAUAAAUAAUAUAUUUGUGGAAUAUGGUAAUGUUGUCCAGAUAUGGGAAUCUAUUGGGUAAAUGUUUAUGGGUAUUGUAGAAAAAGUAUUAACUACAUUCUUGGUACAUUCAGGAAAGCAGAAAGGUUUUGUAGCUGAUAAGAUUUUAGAAUCAUGCAACUUAUGAAAUGAAGGCAUUUUAUAGGAUAUACAGUCCAGUUCUUACUCAGUGUAGGAAUCCAAUGAAUUAUUGAUGUCCAUCACCCCCAUUUGAAAACUUCUUGUUGGAAACCACCACUAACAAAUCUGUUAGGAAAUGCUUCCUAAUAUUCAGUUUUAAUCUCAACAGCUGGUCAUUAUCAUGCUGUGUGAAAAGAGAAAGGAUCUGGAUACAAUGCUUCUAUUAAUGUAACCAAGAUUCUGUUUUAUUUAGCUGCCAUACCACUAUUUGCUCAUGUUCAGCUAGCAGGCCUUGCUAUUCCUAGAUGCAUCUCACUCACAUUGCCUUCCCACUGAAUCAAUCCUGUCUGUUCAUCUGAUCUUUCCUAUCCAGAUGGAGGUCACUUGUCACAGUGAAUCAUUCUGUUGGAUUUGACCCAGCAUUUGAGCCUUUUGAAUAGUGAAUUUGUCCAUAAUGUCAAUCCCCUUAAUUUUGUAUCAUUUCAUCUUGUGAGUCUUUUAAAAAAAGGAGUUGAACAGCACCAGCCAGUGACAUCACUCUACUUUUGUCCUGAAUGAUACAGAACAAUUUUUGAUCAUUCUUUGGGACUUGCAGGUGAUCCAGCUACAAGCUCAUUGGACUGCAAUACCAUCUUUAUUUACCUUAGCUGCACUUAUAUGAGAGGACUUCACAGACAUUUCGCAAUCAUGGUGCACACAAUCCAUAGCAUUCCCUUGGUGUAGCAGCUUGGUCAUCCUGUCAAAAAAAUUAAUUAGCCUAACAUGAUUUGUUCUUUACAAACACUGGUUCUAGAAAACAAUAUUGCUUAAGUGCUUCCAAUGCGGAAUGACAGGUUGUGGAAUGAAUGCUUUCCUUAGUACAGACAUUAACUGGUUGGUAGUUUUCCUGAUCUUUCCUCUUUCCCUUAAUAUUGGUUCUUCUCUAAUUGUUAGUAUCUCUCCCUUUCUCCUGGAGUCUUGUCACAAAACCCCCUUUGCCAACUUCUACUACUCCCGAGAUCUAAUUUAUCUGGCUCAGUUGAUAAAUUCAUUUAAAUUACAAGUUCUACCAUACCUUAUGAGCUAUGCCUCACCCAUUCUGUCUUUUGGAGAAGAGUUCUCUCUCCUGAGAUUAAAUGCAAAAAUGUUAGAAGAGUUUCAUCUUCUCCUUAUUCCCCUGUGUACUAUUCAUGUAACAGGCUUAUAGCCUCCUUGAUUCUUUUAUUAAAAG